AUGGCAGCGGCCGCCGCUACCCAGAUCCUUCUGUGCCUCCCGCUUCUGCUCCUGCUGUCCCUCUGCUACCGGGAUGGGCGAGCCGACCCUCACUCUCUUUGCUAUGACAUCACCAUCAUCCCUAAGUUCAGACCUGGAUCAUGGUUGUGUGCGGUUCAAGGCCAGGUGGAUAAAAUGAUUGUUCUUCGCUAUGACUGUGGCAACAAGACAGUCACACUCGUCAGUUCCGUGGGUAAUCAACUAAAUGUCACAAAGGCCUGGAAAGCACAGAACCCAGUACUGAGACAGGUGAUGGACAUACUUGCAGAGCAACUGUGUGACAUUCAGCUGGAGAAUUUCACAUGCAAGAAAUCCCUCACCCUGCAGGUCAGGAUAUGUUGUGAGCAGAAAGCCGAAGAACACAGCAGUGGAUGUGGGCAGUUCAGUUUCGAUGGACAGAUCUUCCUCCUCUUUGACUCAGAAAACGGAACGCAGACAACGGUUCAUCCUGGAGCCAGAAAGAUGAAAGAAAAGUGCGAGAAUCACAAGAAUGUGACCAAGUCCUUCCAUUGCAUCUCAAUAACACCCUGCACGGGUAGGCCUGACGAGUCCUUGAAGGGCACAGACAGCCCCCUGGAGCCAAGUGCAAGAGCACCACCCACUAUGUCCUCAGGCACAACCCAACUCAGGGCCACGGCCACCACCCUUAUCCUUUGCUGCCUCCUCAUCAUCAUCCCCUGGUUCAACCUAGCUGGCAUCUGAGGAGAGUCCUUUAGAGUGACAGGUUAAAGAUGAUACCAAAAAGCCCCUGUGAGCACGGUCUCGAUGAAACUCACCCUUCUGGUUGGCCACCUGCCC